AUGCUCCGGUGGCAGGCGACGAGGACGGUGCAGACCAAGGCGUUGCAAGAUGUGCGUGCAAAGGCGACAGCCGCAUCCGAUGCCAAGAGCAGGCGUGGCCUUGCCGCCCUCCUCCGCAGCUUCGCCGAGCGUCGGCUCCGUGGACAGAGCGCUGUGUCGAAGGCCGUCUCGGCUCUUGGCACGGAGCGAAGGUGGAUGGAUGCGCUUCAUCUGUUUACGACUGUGCCUCAUCCCGACAUCGUCACGUUCAACGCGACAAUGAGCGCUCUCGGUUCAGGGCAUCAGUGGCUAAAGACCCUGCGACUUUUCGGCGAGAUUCGCGGAGAUUCACAAGGUGCAUUGCUGAAGGCUGACGUGAUUUCGUACAGCAAUGCCAUUCGGGCCAAUGCAGCAUUGCUGCUGUGGGAGGAGGCUGUGCAUCUGCUGACGCACAUGAUCUCUUUCGGACCUGAGCCGGAUCGGCUGGCGUGCAACCUGACCCUCGCCACAUGUGCAGAGCAUGGCAAAGCACAUCUCGCUGCCAGCAUCGUGGAACGGAUGCGGACACGUCGUCAGCAGCUGGCACGGCAUGGCAGUCUUCCCACUGUCUGCCCUGAAGGACAGCAGACCGAAGAGCAGGAAGAGGACGCUUUCCCGCCGGCAUCCAGGCCUAUGGCGGUGAGACCACCAGCUGGAUCAGGAUUGGCAGCAGCUUGCAGGCGCCGUCUGGUAAGCACAGGUCUGAUGGAGCGAUGCGAGCAGCAAAGCGCCGCCAUCGAGGAUCGACGGCCGUGCACAAAGCUGGCCACCGUCUCCAGCUUGCCAGCUACAUCUCUCGACCCGAACAAGGUGGCAGAUGAGACCAAGCGUGUGCUACGCUCGAACUACAAUAGGCACCGUGGGCCAACUACAAGAGGCGCAAGUGAUCGCAAGCGGUUGCUCAGAUCUGUAUCAAGACUCACACUCGGCGGACUUCUGGUGGACAUCGACUUGCAGGGCGAGGCGGAGGGGUCCCUCUUGCAUCUUUGCGCGGGUUCUUCCAGCUCCUUCCUUGUCUUUGAGACGCGAUGCAGCUGUCGGGUCGACUCGAUUGCAAAAUAUUCGCUGGAGCCCGGCCGAGAUCACUAUGUCGCCUCUGAUAUCUCGGCAUGUUGCGGCUACGUUACCGGAAUUUUGACAGCGACCGUCUCAUGGCUGACGUUUGACGUGUUCUGCAUUCUGAUGCUGGCUGCAGCGUUCCUGGUGUUCUCGGAGAAGCUGGCGGGCAUGUUCCAGCAUUACGCGAAGAAGCCGGCAAUUGAGCGAUCGAGCGCAGACUCGGACGAGUCUACGUCUACAAGCACAGCAGUAGUGCAAGCAGCCGUGGAUGCAGGAGUGCCAGGCAAGGCGAUUGAAGAGAUGGAAGCGUAUCUUCAGGCACUGGUGGCCACUGCCUUCGCUUUUGGUCAGCAAAACCGUAACCGAGGAGCAGUUCGUACCAGGCGGGACCUUCCAGUGCUUCGCCACAGCAGUGGGGGAUCCAUGCAGAAGGCUCUCGCGGAGCAACACGAGAUCACAGGACUCGCGUUGGAAAUCGUGGUGCAAAAUUUGCUGGGCGUGGAAUGUGGGUACAAGUCAGUGCGCCAAUUCUUCAGCAGAGCACGACGCGAGCACAUUGUGAGCCUAUGCCUUCAAGUACCGCCUGAAGUUGAGCUCGCCAUAAAGGAUGCAGUUCGAUCAUUGGAGAGGGGCUUGGGCGGCCCAGCCUUGAAAGAAGCCUUUCGCGCCGAAGACAUCAAGAUGACAGCGAAGUCGCGCGAAGAAUGCAGUGGGGCGGCUCUGUUCGCCUUGGGAAUUUGGUUCCUCCUGCGCGAGCUCGAGAUUGCAGCACUGAGAGUGAGGGACAUAGUGAUCGACAUUGAUCAGAAGACUGUGAGCUUGACGUUGAGUGCGUCCAAGACUGACACAGCCGCGAAUUCGGUUGUGCGUACACACAAGUGUUACUGCAGCUUUGUGGACAAGGGGAUGUGCCCGUACCAUGCGUCGUUGAAGUUUCUGCCCCACAUGCCGAAGGACCCCGCGUUGCCAUUGUUCUCAGAUGGCACGGGCCAGCCUUUGGCCAAAGAGGAAGUCAUCAACAGAAUUCGGUCAGUCUUGCACGUGAACAAGAUUCCGUUGACAAAGCCUGGCAUCGCUGGCGCACCUUGCAAGCAGCGGUUUCAUUUCCAUUGUCUUCGAGUCAGCGGCGCGCAGAUGCUUUGCAGAUUUGGAGUGCCGCUCAGCACGAUCAUGCUACUCGGGCGCUGGGGUAGCAAGGCUAUCGAACGAUAUGUGCAGGAUGCAGAGCUAGACAACUUCAACAUCGUCAAGAGACAGCGAACGGCAGUCGAUUUGGAGGAUCGAAUCAAGGAGCUCGCCGCCAAAGUCGAGGCAUUGCAGAUCCGGUACACCCUCGAAGCCAUGGCAGCAGCCAGUGCCUUCUCAAGCGUGGUGGACGAGACAGGAGCAGGAAAAAAACUUCGAAAGUACUUACAGGCUCGCGCAAUCAAUGCCACCGCAGUCAUGGCAGCCAUUGCCGAGACCGUGGAGGAACUCGAGUCCGUGCUUGUCGAGCCGCUUGAAAAGGGUUUCAAGCUGCCCGACGGGCAGAACCUCAAGCUGUCCGCCCUCGAGCUACCGGUGGAGCGAGCUCGGCUGCGACACUUGUGGAGAGCUUGUGUGAAGCUUGUCAAUGGCAAGCCCAAGGAACAGGCCGCGGCAGACGCGGCAUCAUCAUCACCCAAAGCAAGCAAUGCGACGAGCAAAGUGCCCAAGGAGCUCGCGCCGGGAUACUGGCAAGCGCAGUUGCAGAAGUACGAGGCGGUGAUCGUUGCGGGUGACGCGCGUGUGUUCCCUCAGCGUCAGAUUCUCGGUGCCGAGGCGAUCAUUGCAAGACUUGCGUAUGAGCACAAGACCGCGAGCUACACGGGUUUGGGUCUCCAUGAGAUCGUGCAGGCACGCUACUUCAACGCCGCGCACGAGCCGAAUCCGCUCAAUUCGACAAAGAAGAAGGCAAAGGCCGCGACGACCGUCUUGACCUUGACCGAGGAUCACAAGUUGGAAGCCGAGGCCGAAGCGCCUUGGGAACCUGCGAGUGUGCUUGCGUUCAUCGACUGCUUGAAGGCUAUCAAGUAUGCGUGGUUGUUCGUGGAGCUGGCCCCGGAAAAGCACAUCGUGAAGUACAUCGAGUGGUUUGAAAGACAAGUGCGUGCUAGACCUCAGAAAGUUGCGCAGCUACGUGUGUUCUGGGAAUCCACGUCUUGGACGUUGGCUUUGGGAAUGCGAGCUAAGUGUGCCUUCGCGGACUUGACGCAGGAAAUCAUGGGGGACAUGCAGGCUUUGCAGGACGCGCUCAACCGCGAUGCCAUUGUCGAGAAGCUCAAGAAGCCCAAGUUCGAGCAGUUGAAGUUCGACCAGGCGACGAUCAACGGGACGUACAAAGGAAAGAAGGGAGGCAAGGGCUUUGGCAAGCGCCAAGGUGGCAAGGGAUGGAGUGACGACCGGCGUUGGACGCCCUACUACAACCGUCGCUCAUCUUGGCAUGACUCCGAGUACGACAUGCAGCAGAACAGGUGGUGGUCCCAAGGAUCUCGCAACUCUCGUGCCGCAUCGUGGUGGGGAGAGACGCAGGCGGGUGGACCCGGCCACAUCAUUCGCCUGAUACCCAACAAGGAGACGUUGUGCCGGGAAGCCGCCGACAUGUUCCAAGCCGCGCACACUGACAGGCCUCCGCUCAAACGCAGGCCUCCAGAGCAGCUGCACGCGGCUGACAGCAAACAGCCGCGCAAGUCACCAGUGGACUUCAUCUUGUUGAGCUUCUUUGACGGGGUAGCCUCCGCAGGGCUAAUCUGCAAUCAGAUCUUGUCGAAGAAGAAGUACGCAUGGAAAGGCUUUGCGUGGGAAACCGACCAAGAUCUGGUGUCUUUGUCCAAGCAAAGGUUUCCUGAGAUCCAACAUCGGGGUGAUCUAGACCACGACGACCCAGCCAGUGUGAUCCAUGCACUUCGUGCCAUCGACCCCGAGUCCCGUGCCGUGGUGAUCGUAGCAGCCGGGCCACCAUGUCCUGAUCACAGUCGCAUUCGUGCCACGGCCCCAGGUGUUCAUGGUUGCGAGGGCUCGAAGUUUCUUCGCUGUGCAGAUUUCUUGCAGAAGUUGGAAGCAUCAUGGGACUACUCGCAGCCCAUCCUGGUUGUCGAGAACGUAGUGCCAAGCAACAAGAGCGAUGUCAAGCUCUUCGAGCAAAAACUGUCGGCCCAGGCAGUAGUGUGCGACUCUGCAGACCUGGGGGUGAUAUCGCGUCCGCGCAUCUGGUGGACUCGAUUGCCAUGGCAGGAGCUCAGCAACAGGAAGGACAUGCCGGUGACCUUGCGUUGGAGCACAUAUCAAGGAAUUCCCAGAGUUACUUUUGUGCAACCUGCCGACGACUUGCGCAAGUAUGACACGGGCAACUUAGAGUGGCCAGCCACGGUUGCGAAGGGAGCGCGGCCUCUUCCUUGCUUGACGACGCCCUCAGACGACCCGGCAGGUCGACCGCCGCCGAGAAGUUGCAAAGGAAAGAUAGAUUCGCAGACGCAAGCACGUUGGCUUGCGGACAACCGGUGCUAUGCCCCUUGGCACUACCAAGAAGACAACAGGUGGAUGGACGUCAGCGACAAUCGUCGACUUGUGUUAGCAACCGCAGAAAUCAAAGAACAGUUGCACCAUCUGCCAGUUGGAUGGACCAGGGCCCUCGGCAAACAGCAGAGACACAAGGCUAUAUAG